AUGCAAUACCGUUUUACCGCAUUUUCUCUUAUACANGUCGAAGGUGAAGAUAACGUCGAUAGAUUGGAAUCAUGUUUUAAAGGUAGAGUUUGCACCUAUAGAGUCGCAGACGUGUUGGUCGAUGAUGAUAUAUCAUCGUUCCUAACAAGAUCAGAAGGAGCUGUUAAACGAAUGAUUGAGGUUAGUUUAGAUCGCUGUGGUCCCUCUAUAAAGGUUCAGAUUGAGUUUUUUGCGAAUUAUGUUAAAGCCGCGUAUGAUGAAAAUGGGGAUGAAGACGUAUUAAUGUCCGAGAAAAAUUUUAAUUGUAAAUUUCAAGUUGUUUCGGUGGGUACGGAUUUGCAUGAGGUGUAUGUUGGGAUGUGUAGGGAAAUUUUAGCUCAAAGCGAAGAAUUUCAAGAACGCGACUCUGGGUGGGCCUUCUUCUCCGUAUCUCACCUCCUGCUUAAUAUUAAUAAAUUUGAACCUAUACCCGAGUCAUCGUAUAUACGUUUACCUCAGGUAAUUGCUGAAAAACAUGCGUGCGUAAAUAUUAAAAACUAUGAGGACGAUGCUUGUUUAGCGUGGUGUUUGACGGCGGCUCUUCAUCCUACCAACCUCCAUCAAGAUCGUACUACAAGCUACCCUCAUUAUAGUCAAGUACUUAAUUUGCGCGGGAUUACAUUUCCAAUAACUUUAAAAGAUAUCGUUAAUGUAGAAAAAUUAAAUAAUUUAAGUAUUAAUGUUUACGAAUUGAUAAGUAGUAGUAGUAGUAGUGGUAAAUACACGGUGGAAGGACCAAUUUAUUUUACCAAACAAAGACGUGAUAUUCAUAUAAAUUUGCUUUAUUUAUAUGAAAACGGGAAAGGGCGUUUUGUUUUAAUUAAACAUCUUUCUAGAUUAAUUUCAUGUCAAUGUACGAAUCGUAACGGCUCUAUACAUCUUUGCGAUGGGUGUUUAACGCGGUUGUCAUCGGCAGACAAGUUACUCGCACAUCAGACUUAUGAUUGUAAUCAUGUGAUGACCGUUUUACCUACAGCCGAUUUAAAAUCUAAACCAAACUUUUUCGGUUUAAAAACUCCGCAAAAUAUUUUAGAAUUUAACAAUUAUAAAUUCGCUCAGAUGGCUCCCUUUGUCAUCUACGCUGACUUUGAAUCGCUUUUAAAACCGAUCGAUUAUUGUAAGCAGAGUAGCGCUAAAUCUUUUACGGAAAAAAUUGAGGAACAUCAACCGUACAGUUUUGCUUAUUACAUUGUUUCCACGAUUGAUAGCAGUUUAAAUAAAUUUGAAACAUAUACGGGACUUGAUGCAUCACAAGUUUUUAUCACAAAAUUAAUCGACGUAAGAUUUAGCAACCAAAGUGCAGAAUUAAUUUUUAAAUUACAUAAUGAAAUACGCGAUAAAUUGGAAAUUUUGAGUUUAAAAGAAAGAAAUAAAAGAGCACUAAUAAAUAUAGCAGGGAAAUUAAUAAAAGCCAUUACAGGCAACCUUGAUGAUUCAGAUGCAGAAAGAUUAGACGAUAAAUUAGGGUUAUUAUGGCUCGAUAAAAAUGUAAAUGAAAUUAUUGAAUGCUACGAAAUGACAGCAAGAAAUUUGAACGAACUUAUAGACGUAUUAAAUUAUGCGAAAAGGGGAAUUGUACACCCUCUAUUAAUAACUCCUUCAAAAUUGAUAGAAAAAAUGAAAUUAAUACACUUGGAUGAUAACCAUAAAUUUCCUUUCGAUUUAUUACUAGAACAAGUUGAUAUAAUUGACAGAAUAACGGAAGUAAAAGCAUAUAAAAAGAACGAUAAAUACACGAUCAUUUUACAGAUACCUUUGAUAAGUAAUGAAAUAUUUCAGUAUUACGAAAUUCAUCCAUUGCCAACUAUUGUCAAUGAUACCUUAAUUCAAAUUGAAAAUCAAUUUAAGUUUAUAGAACAGUAUUUGUGUAAACAACAGAUUGAAAUUUACGAGAGCCGUCCUCCACCACCAAUUCCAAUUCCAUGCAGUAAAUGCCAUGAUUUUGCUCACACCACCGAUAAAUGUAAUGUUCCAGUAAAGUGCUCCAAAUGCUUGGGUCCGCACAGCACCACCAAAUGUACCUUCCAACUACCAGAGAAGUGUAGGUCCUGUGGCAUUGAAGGCCACAGUGCCUGGUCUAUGAUAUGCAAAAAGCGACCCAAAGCACCUAUACAAGGCGUCCCCAAUGUUAGAAUUAAAUCGGCUAACAAAAAAUCAGACGAAAUCAUGAAUAAAACCACCAAAGAAAGCCGCAUUCAUAAUCCUGUUACGAUCCAUGAUCAAAUUAUCGACACUUAUCUCACAAAAAUCAACUCUCCCAAGCCGCGGGAUCGACAAGAGCUUUUAAAUGCCCUAAAACGUAGAUUCAUUGAGCAUCAUCAAAUUGACACAAUCGUUGCUUUUUCGGGAAGCUACAUGUAA